UAUGAUCGCGGGCAGUCAGGUGCUCUGAAGUACGCCUGGUGUGGUGCUUGCGAUCAGUAUAGUUGUAUUCAUUCGGCCCUUUUCUUUUCGUCUUCACGAUGACGAAUAGUAUAAAAAAAUCGAGCCUCGUUCCUAUAUCGUUUCUCGUAUUGAUUGUCGCCUGUCAAUUUACAUUUUCCCGUGCCGGCGGUACGCCCGUCGUGAUAUGGUGCCCGCACAACGAAUCAUCCGAUUACGAUUCGACAUACAAAACGACUCCGCCUCCAAAUCCGCUGUUUCAACUGUCUUCGGAGGACUUUGAGAGGAGCCUGUCACAAAUGAGACUAACGAAACCAACGAUACUUGUCGCCGAUGAAUUGUGUAUCGAGGAUUUGAAGAACAACAAGGUACUGUCAGUUGUCACUAAUGGCUCUGAAAUACACUAUUUCCCAUGUGUUCAUACGCCAGAUGCAGUCUUUCAAAAAGUUUUUAACGACGAACAGAUGAGAAUAAUAGAAGAUCUAAGUGAUGAUCAAUUAAACAUGGCUCUAAAGGAUUCAGAUUCAAAUGCAUGUAUAGCACUUGCAGGAAAACAAUGUCGUUACAGUCAAACUGAACGCAUAAAAAGGGAUACUGCUAAAGAAAAUUCUACAGAAUUUAAAAUAAAAACAGACAGAGUCAUUCUAUAUGCCAGCACAUCACCAACAUUCAAGGCACCGAAGUCGGAAAAGUCCGUGGAACUUCCUGGAUCUAAAGUGACUGCAACGUCGACUCGGAAGGUGAAUGGUACACUGAUCUUGAACAUCAAGCUUUCUGGUAUUGAAAACAUUGGCGAUUUGUCGCUUGACAUUUUCUUCCCAGUCAAAAGUAGGGGCUAUUACACAAUGGAAAAAGUCAAUUUUGAAACAAACAACGCAAGGGAUACUCUAUUUGCUAAAAAAGAUAUUUACUUCCCGUACAACUUCUCUUAUCAUUGUUCUUUGAACACUGUCUUCAUUAACAAUACUGUACACUUGAACAUCUCAGAUAUGCAAGUUCAAGUCGAUGCUAAAAACGCGGUAUUCGACGAUGCAUAUGACUGCGUUGGUUUCACCAGCAUACCGAUUUGGACUGGAAUAUUCGUGACUGCAAUAUUAGCCUUAAUUAUGAUAUGGGCACUCACUAUGAUUAUGGAUAUUCGUACAAUGGAUAGAUUUGAUGAUCCUAAGGGAAAGACCAUCACAAUCUCUGCUGCAGAGUAGAGUAGUAAAACGAUAAUAAUUGAGGUUCACAAUACAAUUAUAGGUAUCAAGUAUUCGUGCAAAAUCCAUCAUUACAGAUAGUAUUGUAUUAUAAUGUAUCAUGUCAAUGUUUGCAUUAAUGAUUACCCCCUAGAUGUUUUAUUCCCUCGAUUCGAGUGUUGCACAUUUUUUACAGAAACUGAAGGAGUAUUGAGUGAUGACAAUGCUAGUCUCAUUACUAGAGCCCGGGUUUUCCGCCGGCCGACGUACCAUUUUGAGUCGACCGUAGCGAGUUCCUCACAGCUCGCUUCACUUCGACCCGCUCGACGAGCGCGACAUGGUGGGGAGGACUAGCUACGGUUGCUCGAUCUGAGAACUUCUACGAAAUCCGGGCUCUACUCAUUACAUAAGAGCUCUUUUUUCGAUGUAUAAAUAUCAUUUCGUUGUGUAUUACCUUUAUUCUUUUCGAUAUUUAUAAAUAAGAAAGAUUAUAAAGUUUAAAUAAAUAAAGGCAGCAUGAUAUGUUUGCUAAAUAAAGAUAGAAAAUAUGUAAACAAAAAAUAAGAAAAGUGUAAUGUGCAUCGUCAGUAGAACAAAACUGUGUAGCUAUUGGAAUCCAAUAUCGCAAGAAUAGUUGCGUGUAAUGCCAUUGACUGUUACUAUUUGUAAAGCACAUUGUAAUAUUUAUUAUUUCUAAAAUGAUAGUAAAACAAAUCAUAAAUUGAAAAUUAUUACGUAAUAAGAAAAUACAUUCCCAAUUGAAAUAGGAUCCUUAUAUAAAGGAGAUUCGUGCUUGUAAACGACUUGUUGAUAAGAGUUUGUAAAAUAUAUAUAUACAUAUAUAUAUAUGUAAUAUAAGUUACAAUAUAUAAAUAUUUAAUAUAUAUAAGAAAGAUAUACAAUG